AGGCUAAUCGUUAAUCAUACCAACAAUUUCUUGAGCUUCCCAAUCAUUAUCUCAUAUCUGAGAUUUCAAUUAAUUUUGAUCCAUCCAUCCUCAGCUCCUCGCUACCCCGUAGACUCACAGUCAGCAAACAGCAGGAAGAAAAUGAAAAUCUGGAAAUAGACAAAGAAACAGCAGCAGCAACAAGUGAAUCAGAGGCAAAGAAACAGCCACUACUCUCUGCCUUCUCUGCGUCUGCUUUUUCUCUGUCUUAGCUCCUUUCUACACGAACAACCGCUGAGCAGCUUAAUCAACUGCCUGAGCAAAUAAGAAUAAUUGAACCACUUUUCUCUGUAAAACAAGUUUAAGACGAGGAAAAGAAUUAUGGGCAUUUUACCCGACGACGUGGUGAUCAUCAGGCAAUCCGAGAAAGAAAGAGACCUCAGCGUCAUCACCGUCAAUUGCCCUGAUAAGACUGGCCUUGGUUGUGAUUUGUGUCGCAUCAUACUCUUCUUUGGCCUUAAUAUCGUUAAAGGAGAUUUAUCUACGGAUGGCAAAUGGUGUUACAUAGUGUUUUGGGUUGCUGGAAAUUCAUCAACUAGAUGGGGCCUUUUGAAGAAGAGAUUAUUAGGGGUAUGCCCUUCUUGCUCUUCAGCUUCUGGGAUUUUUUAUUAUUGUCCAGAACUACAGCAGCCUCCAAGGCCUCCUGAUGUCUUUCUCUUGAAGUUAUGCUGUCAUGACCGAAGAGGGCUUUUACACAAUGUGACUGAGGUGCUAUGUGAGCUUGAACUCACAAUAAAAAAAGUGAAGGUAUCCACAACACCAGAUGGGAGGGUGAUAGACCUAUUCUUCCUUACAGACGCCAGGGAGCUUCUGCAUACAAAUAAGAGAAAGGAGGAUACAUAUAAUCGCUUAAAAGCUGUUAUGGGAGAUGCCAUGAUAAGCUGUGACAUAGAAAUGGUUGGCCCUGAAAUUACUGCAUGUUCGCAGGAAUCAUCACUUCUUCCAACUAAAAUCACAGAUGACAUGCUUCACUUGGAAAUUCCUGAUGAACUCCAAAAUUUGCAGACUUGCUCUAGUGUUUCUGUUACAAUGGACAAUUCACUGAGUCCUGCUCAUACACUUGUUCAAAUUGCAUGCCAAGAUCAUAAAGGUCUUCUUUACGACAUACUGAGAACCCUCAAGGAUUACAAUAUAAAGACUUCAUAUGGGCGAUUCACGAUAAAACAGAGAAGAAACUGUGAGAUUGACUUGUUUAUUGUUCAAGCUGAUGGGAAGAAGAUAGUUGACCCUAACAAACAGAGAGCAUUGUCUUGUCAUCUGGAGAUGGAAUUACUGCGUCCUCUCAGAGUAGCUGUUGUUAGCCGUGGUCCUGACACAGAGCUACUAGUGGCAAAUCCUGUUGAGUUAUCUGGCAAAGGCAGGCCUCUUGUAUUCCACGAUAUCACACUUGCUCUUAAGAUGCUUAAGAGUUGCAUUUUCUCGGCUGAGAUUAGGAGGAACAUGAUUGGAGAUCGUGAAUUUGAAGUCUACAGAGUCUUACUUGACGAAGGGGAAAGUUUGCCCAUCCCAAGAAGCAAAAUUGAGGGAGCAGUUUGGAAUAUGCUAAUGGGUUGGGACUGAGAUACUUUUAGAUAUCAUUCUUUUUAUAUUGCCAUGGCCUCCUUUGCAGAUUACUUCUCCCUCUCAAAAUGCGUAUGAGAUGUAAAUUAUGGAUUAUAUCUCCUUGAAAGGCAGAGCUGUUCCACUUCCACAUCUAUGCUUGUGACCCCUGUGAGGCUGACUUGUACCACAAUGAUGAGAAGUUGGUAGCAGGAGGUAAAAAAGAGUGUAGAGUUACAUGGAGCCUUGUAAUACAUGUUUAGCAUACAUGAAAUCUUUCUGGUAAUGGAUGCCUGUGAGGGCUCAGGUGAUAUCCUAUCAUGUAAUCCGUUAAUUCCUUUCUUCUUUCUUGUAAAUAAGAUCAGUAUGUAGAGCAUGCAAUGUAAAGUGACGAGGGCUUUUGUAGUUCAAAGCUACCAGCUGUGCCAAUAGAGGAACUGUACAAAACAUCUGCAUAUUAAGCAAAUAACGUAAAAAUUUCAUUGCA